AAAAUUCAACAUCAGUUCAUGAUAAAAAACCUUCAAAAAACUUGCUAUCACAGGAAGCUCACCCUGCAUUUUUCCCUGGAGGAAUGGUUCAGUAUUCUGUAAAUCAGUAUUCACAGCUACUUUAUAGAAUAUAACUGCUGGAAAUAACAAGAAUCAGCUCUAUUUUUAUUGCAGGAACAGUUGGAGAGGGUGAGUCUUAUGGAUGGGAAAACUGACAACCAUGCCUGCAGGUCUGAUAUAUGCAUCUGUAAGUGUACAUGCAGUCAAAGAAGAGGAAUCCAAAAAGCAGCUAGUGAAACCAGAGCAGCUCCCUAUAUAUACUGCACCACCGCUUCAGUCUAAAUAUGUUGAAGAGCAGCCUGGUCAUUUACAAAUGGGUUUUGCUUCCAUCCGGACUGCAACUGGUUGUUAUAUUGGCUGGUGCAAGGGUGUUUAUGUCUUUGUGAAAAAUGGGAUAAUGGAUACAGUACAAUUUGGAAAAGAUGCUUAUGUCUAUCUGAAGAAUCCUCCUCGAGACUUUCUUCCGAAAAUGGCAGUUAUUUCAGUUUCAGGAUUGGCGGGCUUGGUUUCAGCGAGAAAAGGUUCCAAGUUUAAGAAAAUUACUUAUCCUCUGGGACUGGCCACUUUAGGAGCAACUGUUUGCUACCCAGUUCAGUCCAUAAUAAUUGCUAAGGUAACAGGGAAAAAGAUAUAUGCUACAAGCCAGCAAAUUUUUGGAGCAGUUAAAUCACUGUGGAAAAAAAGCAGCAAAGAAGAGUCACUCCCUAAACAUAAAGAAAAAACUAAGCUAGGAUCCUCUGUCGAAAUAGAAGUACCUGCAAAAACAACUGACGUCUUGAAACACUCAGUGCCCUUGCCAACAGAACUCAGCUCUGAAGCGAAGACCAAAUCAGAAUCCACUUCAGAAUCUCUGGAACUCAUCCCUUCAGAGGGUCCUUCCCAGAAGAACUGUAUCUCCACUACCUCGGUUCUCUGGAAUAAAUUACAAAGUUUUUCUACACCAGGAGUUCCAAAGUCAAGCUACAUUCAAAGAGAGAAACAACACACUGGAUACUCAUGUUAUGAAGAGUCAGACAUUCCUUAUAGGAUAGAAGAUGUGCAAUUGAAAUCUAACUAUUAAGUUUUCUGUGGAAAAAAAACAUAUAUGUGUACUAUAUGGCCAUCUGAUCAUUUUAAAAGCAUACUCAGAAUACUUUAAGAAAACACUAUGAGUAUGAAUUAUCUAUGCUCUAAACACUUUACUUCUCUUUCUGCGUUUAUGCCAUCACUUCUUAUCUCUUUAUACCUUGAACUUUUUCUUUACCCCUCUCUCACUCUAUGACUCCUGAACAAAAUUUUCAUUUCCAAUAUCCAACUUCAUUAACUAAGAAGGGAUGGGAAAUGUUUAUUAUCACCAAAAUGCAGCAUAACACUUGCAUACUGGUUUAUGACAUGCAUCUUUAUAAAGUGCUCAGUGAAAUGCAUAAACGAUUGAUUGCAAAUUGGUCAAAGAGAAUACUGAGUACUUUAUUAGUUACUGGCUAAAGCUAAGGAGUUACACAAAAGCAUCAUAUCUAAAUAAGGAAUUUUAUUUGAAAUAUGUAAUUUCAUUAUGAAUAAAUUCCAUAAAAUAAA